AAUACUUUAGGACGUGGGCGGUAACAUUACUAGGACCUAUAUUCUCGAAAAAUGUCACAUAUGAAAAUAUAUGAAAUUAUAAUAUAUAUGAUGUAUUUUUGUAUGUAAUGUUUCCCGAAAAUAAGGCUUCAGAGUUGUUUAUUACUCACAAAAACAAGCAUAAUUUUAUAUUAGAACCAGAGAGAAACCUGAGAGCGGCCAUAGAGUAUCAUUCGUAGAGAGAGAAACCCUCUGGCGUAGGCGAUAUUUUUGAUAAAAUCCUUGUGAAUGGACAAGACUUCUUUUCGGAACAUCAAAUUGGCAAAUAUUUUGUAAAGCUGAAAAACGAGAUGUUGAAUGCCGGUAGAAGCAAAUAUGUAAAAACAUUUGAACAUUAUAAUAGAUUGCACGAACAAUUUCUUAUCUACAAUCUACUUUAUAAAUUACAUCUGGGAUGAUAUAAUUACUUGUAAACAAUCUUUGUGGGAUCAAAGUGGAAUGAUAUGCACAUGAUAUACACAUGAUCAUGCUUGGUCAAAGAUAAAAUAAUGCACUCCAAUGAUAGGAGUUUUCUGGCAGGAUGAUGCUGUUUGUACCAAUUUUGUGUACAGCUUUGAUCCUCUGUGCAUCAUUAUCAGAUGCGUAUAUUAAUGUGAUAUCGAAAAGAGAUGAGAACUUUGUGGUACCAAAAACAAAAUAUAUUCCAACCUGGUCUAGUCUAGACAAUCGACCGCUACCAUCCUGGUACGAUGAUGCAAAGUUUGGAAUCUUUAUUCACUGGGGUGUAUUCAGCGUGCCCAGCUUUAGCUCUGAGUGGUUUUGGAACCACUGGAAAGGAGGAUUGAAGACUAUAGUCGACUUUAUGAAACAAAGAUAUCCUCCAAAUUUUACCUAUCAAAACUUUGCACGAGAUUUCACUGCUGAAUUCUUUAACGCUUCUGACUGGGCAGAGUUAUUCCAAGCAUCAGGUGCAAAGUAUAUUGUAUUGACAAGUAAGCAUCAUGAAGGAUAUACAUUGUGGCCGUCAAAGUAUUCGUACAGCUGGAAUUCUAUGGAUGUGGGGCCUCAAAAAGAUCUCGUUGGUGAACUGGCAGAAGCUAUUCGUAGCAAAACAGACAUAAAGUUUGGUUUAUAUCAUUCCUUAUUUGAAUGGUAUAAUCCUCUCUAUGUAGCAGACAAAAGUAACAAUUUUACAACAGACAAAUUUGUAACUCAGAAGGUAAUACCUGAAUUACAUGAAUUAAUAGAAACAUACAAGCCAGAAAUAGUUUGGUCAGAUGGAGAGGCAGAAGCAACAGAUUCUUAUUGGAAAUCAAAAGAAUUUUUAGCUUGGCUAUACAACGAAAGUCCCGUGAGAGACACAGUAGUGGUGAAUGAUAGAUGGGGAGUUAAUAUAUCAUGCCAUCAUGGUGGUUACUAUACAUGUGCUGAUCGUUUUAAUCCUGGUGUACUUCUUUCACAUAAAUGGGAAAACUGCAUGACUAUUGACAAACAAUCUUGGGGAUAUCGCAGAAACGCUGUUUUAUCCGAAUACUAUACAUUAACGGGAUUAAUAAAGGAAUUAAUAAUUACUGUAAGCUGCGGUGGAAAUUUACUGAUGAACGUUGGACCAACAAAAGAUGGUAUCAUUACACCAAUAUAUGAAGAAAGAUUGCGUGGAAUGGGUGCUUGGUUAGCGGUUAACGGUGAAGCUAUUUAUAAUACUAAGCCUUGGACAGUACAAAAUGAUACCUUAUCAGGAAGUGUCUGGUACACACUAAGUAAAAAUGAAAAACAGUUGUAUGCUUCAAUUUUAGAAUGGCCAGAUGAUAAUAUCUUAUUGUUAGGCUCGCUUAAACUUUCGAAAAGUUCUCAGAUAUAUCUACUUGGUUAUUCAUCAAUAAUUUCUUGGAAACAAUCCGAUAAUAAACUAGAAAUAAGUUUACCAGCUAACGCACACAGAGGUGAGUCAGCUUGGGUAUUAAAGAUUAAGAAGAAUAUCGAUUAAAUAUAAU